CUCUAACACGAACAUCCGCGCACGCACGCUCGCGCUCGCACGUGUAUUUUGCGAUUAGUCAUCUACUUGCACUGCAUGAUGAAGGGCAAGGCUGAACGAAAUUUGUAAACAUUCACGCUCGCGCCUAGCUAGCUUAGCCUAGUGUAGUAGUACCGUACAGCGCCUGGCCUUUACUUAUUAUCAGACAUCAGACAGAAUUGCCAGUUAUCGUCAAAGAGCCGGGGAGUUAUAAGGAGCUAGAGAACUUUUCAACCGGGGAAUCACAAUCAAGUUGUUAAAGAUGCCUGGAAGGCGUGGAGUCUUUGAUACUAUCAUGUCCAAGGAAGACUACAUGCAGCCUGAGCAGAAGGCUGUACCAGUCAAGCUGGCUGCUUCAUCUAUCAAGGACCCAGAUGAACUCAUUGAGUGUCCCUAUGACAAGGUCCAUCGUAUACGUCUCAGCCGCUUCCCUAUGCAUCUCCUCAAGUGUAGAAAGAACUAUGUUGGGAGGGAAAUGUACACCUGUCCCUUCAACGCAUGCCAUCUGGUCCCAGCCCCUGAAGCAAGGCAUCACAUCGCAAACUGUCCUGACAAAGGAUGUGUAGAGAAAGACAUGGUCCGUGGGUAUGAUAUGAAUAAUACUUACUGCAGAGGCUACACCAAAGUUCCAUCAUACCGACGAUCUGAAGACUACCAUCAUGAGUCCUCUGAAAAUUGGGAUGAAGAGAUUCAGACCAACAGAUCAAGAGAGUACUGGGGCCCAGAAGGAGAAGGAGCUAAUGGUGGGUCACAAAAUCUACCACAAGCAAAAGGAAGGGGUGCUCCAAGAGCUGUCGGCCACACCCGUACCCAGCAGCAGAUGGAGAUGAGGUUACCACGGCAACCAGCCCAGGCAGUCGCAGCAGCUCAACAGCGCCACCAGCAAUUUCAACAGCAGCAACAUGACACCAUCCCGACCCCUGACCCCCAGGUCAACGGUGCUGCAGCAGCACCUGUUCAACCGUCGGCCGUGGCUGGUUUAGGCAGAGGUCAGGUCAAGGGUCGUGUAAUGGCAGCCAAUCUAUGGGGUGCCUCCCAGCAGAAUCAAGCCUCACCCAAGCCUGGUGGCCUGGCACAAAGCUCUUGGGGACAACAGACUUCAUCUACAGAGAACGGUAGCUCUGGUCCUCCGUCCCUUGACGAUGAUGACUUCCCUGCUCUCGGUGCACAGCCUGCUCACAUUGGACUAGGACGUGGUCUCGGAAGGGGCAACAUGCUCGUCAGAUAGAUCGGUAAGAUGAGUAACCAUAGCAACCAUGGAAGAUAAGAUGGCAGUAAUGCAUCAUGAUGCUCUGAAAACUUGCAACUAGUAAGUGGGUUAUCUGGAAUGCCUGUCUUGUCAGUAUCACAUUGUAAUGAUAACUACAUGUAUGUCUUCUACAAACAGACACCAUUUAAGGGGUUAAAGCACAGAUGAGGUAAUUGAUUCUUCUUCCAUAAUCAAGAGUCAAGAUAAAUGAACAGUAAUACAAUUUUUGUGCAUAAAAACAUGUGUAGUACGGAGGAGCCACUAAAGGUUUCAAUGCAGAGUGAAGACGUUUUCUCUUUGAAAAUCAAGCACCAAAUUAUGCAAACAAUCUGCUUUAAUUCUUUUUGAUGAUUGCUUGCGAGAAAAUUUGCAAUGGCUGUUACAUAUUUUUACGACACAUUUUUAUGCAUAGUGAAGUAUUCUUUAUUUGUUCCGUUUCUGUUUUGAGAAAAACUUUUGUUCAUGUUGUCGUUUUCUGUGCAUGUGUUGUUUUUGAUAGAGUGAAACAUCCUACAUAUUCUUUAUAGAAAAUGAAAUGGAGGAAAGAAUGUUAUGUUUAUGUUGUUUUUAAAGUCAAAUAGAAUAUACAUUCUUUGCUUAAACCAGGAGUAUGAACAAGUACAGUACAUGAUGAUUUACAGGAUCCCUAUUGUUAUUUAAUGAUAAGGUAAAGAAGAUAUUUUGUUUCAUUUAUUUCUCAUUAUUAGAUUUAUUCAGAUAUUAUCUUAAGUUUAUCAGAAAUAUAAAAAGAUAGUAAGCAAACGGCAUUCAUUUCCAUGCAUUAACUGAUUGGUGCUUGUAUUAUUGCACUUGGAGGAACUCAUUCUUUGAAUAAAUUUGUCUUUUAUGCAUGAGGCGGUGAAUUACAUUAUAUGCAUUGAUGGUUCUAUGAAGACGAUUCUUCUGACAAAGAUUUUUAAUUUCAGGUAGCAUUUUGCAAGUUAGUUGGUCAUGUUUUUCAGUCAUUUAGUUGGCAACAUUUUGAAUCAUUGGAAAUAAGUUUCUGAUAGGCCUAAAAUGUUUCAUGUACAAGAAGUUUUAAAAAGUCAUUAACUGUAAAUGUUUGUUUCCAAAAUGUCUUAUUAAGAGGUGAAUACCUUUUUAUGUUCAUGGUUGUAAAAGAUAUGUUGAUUUAUUCUCUAGAAUAAGAGGCAACAUAUUUUACCUGUAGUAGAAAAAAGGGGGAGGCUGGGAUUAGUGAUAUAUGUAUACCAGUAAUUUGAUUAAACAGUGAGGAGCAAAAUAGGUUUUUUGUGUGCAUGUAGCCAAGAAAAGACUAGAAAAUUAUCUUUGCCAUGAUCAUUUAUCAAAGAUUUUGUACUUCCAGGAGAAAAUGACACAUAUUUAUGGCAUAUGAAAUUUAAUAUAAGCAUUUUUUUUUCUUAAAAAAAAUUGUGAGCAAAUGUCACAAUUUAGUUUUUCCUAAUAAAAAAGAUAAAAUAUUUUUCAGAAAACGGCCCCUGAUAAAAACAUUCGAAAAAACGAAUCCGUUCUGUAAUUCACAAACUAUGCAUAAAUGUGAAAAUUGCUUGUUCAUUUGUUUAUUUCUUUUCAAAGGAUUUCCUAUUUUAUGAUUCCAUCUGGGGGGUUUUCAGAGCUGUUUUGAACUUCCCUGAGCCAAAUAGCUCACUUACUUUAAUAAAUAAGUAUUUUUUCACUGAUUUCCAUCAGAAAACAUUGUACAUUGACUUCCAAUUUCAUUGUAAGAUAUGCCAUAGGCAUAGCUUUACAUUCAUAUUUUACCAUACUGUCUUUGUAAUGAUCAUAUUUUGUUUAGUUACCAAAGUAUACAUGUAUAUGCAAAUAAAUAUUUACGUUGUUAUUCCAAAGUAGGAUAUAAUAAUAAAAAUGUUUGAUAAACUU